UGAUUAUGUACGAAAUGCUUUUGAAACCUGUUUACCCCAUAGAAGCACUAUAGGAAAAAUGGUUUAAGACCAUUAAUGCUGAACCAGUUUCUCUAGUGAGGCAAUUAAUGUUUUGAAGAAAAAUGUAGAAUAUUCGGAUAAGCCUGUACUAUUAAGCCUCAUUAUAGAUAAGAUGUCCAUUCGGAAGCAUCUUGAUUUAGAAGAUGAUUCUAACUUUAUGGCCAAAGAGGUAUUUGUUAUGAUAAUUGUUAACAUUAAUGGAACUUCGAAGCUGCCAGUUGGCUAUUUCCUUGUAGUUGUUUCACAGUGCAUACAAUUAGUUUCUGCUACAGGAGCACGAGUUGUAUCGCUUACAUUUGAUGGUGCUCCUUCAAAUAUUGCAGUGGCAAAUACUUUGGGAACCAAUAAUUCUUAUGACUCAUUAAAAACACAUUUUUCUUUAGAUGGUAACAACAUUUAUGUUUUUUAUGAUCCAAGUCAUAUGAUAAAAUUAAUAAGAAAUGCUUUUGGGGAAAGAAAACUACUAAUAGAUGACAAUGGGAAUUUCAUUAAGUGGGAAUUUAGUACCAUAAUAUUAUAACGCUAUGUCAUACUCAAUAAAUGUUUCUGUGUAAACUACAUGUUUAUUUUUAAUAAAAAAAAUG